GCCUUAGCCUACUCACUAGAAAACUAGGAAGCAGCUAUAGGAAGAAACUAGAGUUAGAAGAAAUAUCCAUGCUAGCAGGAGCCGGGUAAGAAAUUCAACAAAUUUGUCAAGCCAAUAUUAUUUCCCCACCGUCCGGGAUUGCUCCAAUCAGGCCCAGACCAGAAGGUGUGGCUUCUGUGUGCAUUUGUACGGCUAGUCUAGGCCCUUGAUGGGGCCUGACAGGGUCCCUCUGCAGAUCUGAGUUAUUGGGGACAAGAGGAAACAGAACCAGGAGCUUCAAAAGUUUUUACAGAAGUCAAAAACACCUUAACGAAGAAGGGUGAUGCCAUGGCAGCUAUUCCAGCAACAUCACCAGCCACAGGGGUGCUGACCAGUCCAUUCAUGAAGAAGAUGAACACACCUACGUCCCAAGAUGAUGCCAAUAUGGCUGUUAUAGGAGCUGUUAUCGCCGUGGUUUUUCUCACUCUCCUUUCAGUCGUUGUGAUAAUUGUUGUUUACCUGUACAAGAAUAAAGGCAACUACCACACCUAUGAACAACCUGAAGUAGAUCCAGAGGGAUCAGUCCAAAUGGAAGAUUUCCCCUGUAAACCUGAAAAAGAAGAGUAUUUCAUAUAGAAGAUACCAGACUGCUGCCGUGUUUUAGACUGUCCUAACUUAAAUGAGCAGAAGUUUUAGGUUUGUCAUUCUUUUACUCAAGGAAUUAAAUGUGUAUUAGUAAAUGUUGUUUAUAUACUUGUGGAACUCUGGCUUAAAUAAAAGUAGUUGAACUAGGAGUUCUAUCCCUUGGCGGCAACACACAAGUUAUUUACAGACUGCAGUGAUGCGACCCUGAGAUUACAAUGCAGACUGGUCAUCACACUGUCCAAUUCUAAUUAUCUAACAUUAGAAUAGGCAAAUAGGCACCUCUUAACCCCAGAUAGUUUGCUAUCUGAUAUAGGAAAGAAAACAUCAGGGUGAGCUAUCUUUUUUCACAUCUUAUACGCAGGUAAAGCAAACACUAAAACCCACUUCAAACCAAAAAUAUAUUUAACAUGCAAAAUUGCUUUUUUUGCUGUUCAUAAUCCUCCAUACAUAGAAGUUUUAUGAACUUCUAAUGUCAGGAGAAACUGCUCUAGGGGUGCUGCUUUUAGUUAAGCAAACCAACUCCAAAGCUCCAAAAAAUGAGCUGCCUUAUUUUUCUUAAUCCUUCUUAAUAAGAAUAUUUCUCACACAUUCCUUAAUGGGUCUUUCAUUCAUUCUAAGCCCGCAAUGUAGUGUCUGUGCAUGUCAAACCUUUGGUUCUGUGAAAAAACAUCUGCAUUCAUAGUUUCAAACAUGUGCUUUUACAGUCUAACGGAAAUACCUAAGCUUCCAAUAUAUCAAGAGGAAUAAUAAUGAAAUAAUUUGUAUGGAAAUGCAUUGCAUGAGGGCAAAUAUUGUCAUAGGUUCAGAAAGCAAGAGGAAGAAUUUGAUAUGUUAACAGUGCUUGACAAAAGAUUGUUAUCUUUAAGAUACUUGGAAAACAGUGAAAUAAAAUAUUUACUUUUGUAUCAUUGCAUUCAGGCCUACAUACAGUUCUGAACAUUUUUAGAAGCAUAUUGGUGUAUUGUAUUCUUAUUAACAGAAGCAGGAGAAAGAUUUCUAUUGGAACUGUGGCAUAUGGAAAGGAAAAGUUUUAAAGUUUUAACUCUUUCUCUCCCAUGACUCGGUCCCAAAGAAAAUAAUCCACUCUACAUUGCUGUCAUCUGAGAAAAGAACACAUGCAUGGCUCUUAAUGACAAUUCUUUUUUGGGACUAAUAGCAGUUUUAUGGAAGGAGGAGGUUUUAAUUGGCCUUGCAUUAAUUUAAAGAAAGAAUACUAACUGGCUUCCUAAUGGCACACUUAACAUUGUUAUGUAGCAGUACAUCUGUUUAUAACAUCCCUAUAUCAUAUAAUUUAUCAUUUUUUACACUGACAGCACCGUGAACAAAGGAACAGAUACAAAGGCAAACUCAAUUUUAAAACUUGCAGCAUUGCAAUGGACAGGAAUUUAAGAGGCUAAAUUCAACUUUGUCACUUUAUUCAAAUUUUCAAAAUAGCCUUUAUUCUACUUGUUUUUAGUAUAAAAAGUCCACAAGUUAAGUGCACCACAGUGUUUACAGAGAGACCUAGAAUCCCAACCUUCCAUUAACAGUCAGCUGUAUGGAUGACCAUGACACAUACAACACACAGAAAAUUAAGAUAAAAUAUAUUCACCAAAUCUGAUAAUUUUUAAUUCAUAAAAACAAAAGCAACAACAACAAAAGAUUGAGGAUCCCUGAAAUAUUCUUCUUAAUCCUAAUAAGACUUCAUUGUACCCAACUCACUUUUUUAAAUGUUUGCAUC